CAACAUGGCUCAGGAUUUGUUUGUAUUUUCAAAGAGUUUCCAGGAAAGGUUGGAUGAAUAUAACUGUAUUUUAACUAGUAAUUUGAAAGCAGAAGAUGUGAAAAGGGAAUGGAGCAUUUUUUUGGAAUCUCAUAUUGAACCAGCAGGUUGGAGAGCGAUUUGGAAGAUGUCCCAAAACUAUCCACGUAGUUUACUUGUGACUAUUGAUCUUAUUAACUUUAAAGAAUUGACCUGUACUGUCCAAAUCAAUGAAGUUGAAGAUGGAGUUGAUUGCGUUCCUUUAAAGGUGAGUGAUAUUCCUUUGAUAGAAUUAUAUCCGACAAUUGGACAGAAUAACAAUAAAGUGUUUGUAAAACUUUUCAACACAGCCAAGGCUAUUGAUAGUCUGAGAUUUUUUUACAACCACUUAUGGAUGCCUUGGGAUGAGAAUUAUGGUGGUUCUGACUCAUGGGUCACUUCUCACUUAGAGGGAAGACUCUACUUGCAGUUUGAGUUGAUGGAACGUAAGGUUCCUAACCAGGUGGCUUACAAUGUGUGCAAGCUGAUAUCAAAGGGCCGCAACGUCCUCAGAGAGAUAGAAGACGUUCAGCUAAAGCUCACUGAACUACUCAAUGAGAUGGCUCAUUUGCAAAACCAGUUUAGUGUAUUUGAAAAACCUGUGUUGCUGAAAUCAUCCAGUGGAUAUUAUAUGGGCAAAGGAAAGGAAGAUAAUGAGGGGUUGCUUGCCAAUCCCAGCCUGCCUUUUACGAAAAUUGUCAGUGAACAAUCGCCCCUUCCAGAAGCCAUAUCAUUCCAUGCCAUGGGGAAAGCACUGGACAUUGAGCAUUUUCCUCUAGAAGUUUUAGAGGCACUUGUUUCUUUUCUCUCGGCAAAAGAUUUAUCCAAUUGCAUAGGCGUUAGUAAAACCUGGUACAGUAUUUUUAGUGAUGAUUUAUUUUGGAAAAGACAUUGUAUAGCUAGUUCAAAUUCCUAUUUUUCAAAAAAUAAAUGCCUUGUGGACCCUGCUUUCAAACUAACAACAAACAACACGGUUUUGCCCAUUGAAAAAAACCGCCUCUCAUUCUUACAAGAACAGCACUUAUUGAACAAUUGGAGAUGUGGGCGCUUCAGGAAGGAAGUAAUUGGAAGUUUAACCCGUGAUAAGAGAAUUGUUGAGUAUGAUUUUCAACUAUCAUUUUUGGACGAUGACCAUAUAUUUGAAAACCACCAUGUCUAUAAUAAAGGACUAACAUAUGAGACUCGAGUUUGGAAUGUAGCUGAGACUCUAGUCCUAGUAUUGACUAUACCACACUGUUUGAGUGAACGUUUUGAAGCUGACACUUAUCAAAUAGUCAAUAGCAAUCUGAUAGUUGUCAUCCAAUGUAAUUUAGUACAAGUUUACAAAAUCAGCUUGGAUUCUAAAAACUGUGUUCUGAAUCAUCUCUUCUUUUUUGAUAAACCGGAGGAAUUCUCUCAUAGUUUAACAGCUGAUAGCGAUAUUGAAAGUAUCGUGGUCUCAUCAAUUAGUGACUUUCCAGAUGUUCAGUAUCUUUAUCGGUUUGUUUUUAGUGGGCAAUACAUGAUUGGAACCUAUGCACAUGGGGAAUCUGCUCUCUUGCACAUUUGGGACGUCAAGACGGGGAAAAAGGUUAAAGAAGACAGAUACGAAAUCGGACCAAUAGAAUUUACAACUUUAAAAUCUACUCAGCAAGUCACUGAUAAGGUCCUCGUAACCUACCAUUUAAAACAUGUCACUAACAUAGGAAAUGAUGUUGGAGUAUGUAGCUCAAUUAUUUAUGAUAUUUCACGGUUACAGUUUAUCCUGCCUAGUAGGUUUGUUCACAAUGGAUGGGUGUCGUAUUUUGAUGGCCAUUUGAGUGUCAUUAAAACCCAUAGCGAACCCCUCAAGAUAGUAUAUCAUCAUGAUGCAAUGAACCAGAGUAAAACCAUGACUGGUAUAGAAACAUGUCCUACAACCAAUGUUCAUCCCCUAGGCAGUAACCUAUUGAUAUCUACCGAGCAUCAAAUAUACCUUGUAAAUCCUGUCAAUUUAGUAACCUGUAACCUAAUGAGGGCCGAUUUUCGCCUUUUUCAUACUGAAGUGUUGGCUGGAAGAUUUAUUUUGCUGUAUGGAUGGAAGGAUGCAUGCUAUGCAUGCUUUCAAGAGGUAUGGGAGAUUUGCGAAACAGAAUGCAGAAAAGUUUGGGAAUAUCCAAAGACAGAAUGUUGUAUUACCAUGAAGUCAAAUAGUGUCUGUUCUAAAGUUCUUUUGAGACGUAAGAAAAGCAGCAAACUUAUUGUAUUGAAUUUCUGGUAG